AUGUCUCGAAGCAAACCACUGGCUUAUCAGUCCUCCAAAGCAGUCCUAGAGUAUAUCAGUUUUUGGAAGAGAAAACAUUUUUAUACCAUGUGCCCAGCAAUCAGAAAAAUGGAAGACAUUUUGCCCUAUCACCUUGAAUUAGUCGAGCUGUUUCGUCUGUGUCAAGAUGAUAUCAUAAUGGCUAUUGAUUCUUUUCGAUUUCAUUUUUGGGAGUAUAAGGGAAACCAAAUGGUUAUGAUAAACCUUUCGACGGAUGAACGUGUUGUCCGGCUAACCUAUUUGGGACCCGAGCAGGCAGCGGAAAAAUUUUUAUUGUAUCAUUUAAGCAGAGAGGGGACACGCAUCAAGAAUGUUAAGUUGACUACCGGACCAGAGUUCAUUUCGAAAUGCAUACCAAUAGCUAUCAAAAACAUGACUGUUAUCAGAACCGAUGCAUGGUUCCCAACAAGUGUUCCAAUUGAAAAUGUGGAAGUAGAUACUACAGUUCGAGAAGAGACUCUGAAAAUGGCGAAACACGUGACAGUGGAAAUUCCGAGGCAUAUCGCAGAAAGAGCCAACCCAAAAAUAUUAUCAGAAUGGAAUUGUAAAUCGAUCCGAAUUGAGUCGUGGAUGAAAAGUGAAGAGAUUGCGGACUACUGUAACAAAGUAUCAAAAAGAACCGAUAGACCGAUUGGAAGUAGGUUGAUGGCAAUACACAGUCCACCUGUAGAACUCGUGUUUGAUAUUCUUCACUCAAAAAUGAAUGCCAGAAAGACAAUGUUGAAUGGCAGAAAAUGUGCAACAAUUGCAAUCGAUGAGUCGACAGAGUUGAACGUAUACGAUUCGAGAGGACGUAUACGAUCCUAUGUGGUUGUGGAAGUCUGUGCGAGAGGGACUGCAAUCGACAAAGUUGUUUGA